ACCACAUCACUUUAUCACUUUUAAUUUAGAUUUAAAUAAUUCAACUGCAACAUUCUCAUUGGUCCAUGUGGACAAAGGUAUAUAUGGUACCAUACAAUCUACCUUCUUUCAUUUCCCCCUUUUCAUUUCUUUUUCUUCAGUUCUUCUUCAACGUGAGAGUACUAGGAAUCCACAACCCAGGCAAUCCAGGCGAGUAGGGACGUUGCCCGUCCCGAUUCCAUCCAGGCCAAAUCAUCAACCCCAGUCGAUGUCAAGCUACACAUUGUCGCCGGUGUUCGUCCACCUGAGCAGUUCUUCAUCGCCAUCCAAUCCAUCCAUUUAAGUUCUUCAACAUCGAUCCUCCGUCCUUUCCAGCCGUUCAUCGCCACCAUCCGCCUGAUCUCCAUCUUCUGCUUUCCACGGUUCCACCCUUCACCUUUGUUCAUCAAACAGGAUGAAAUCGUUUAAAUAUGAAAUUGAAAGAAUGGUAUACACAUUUGUGAACAAUGCUCUUAUUUAGGAUUUUUUUGUUCAUAUUUG